AUGAAAAUCAGCAUGCUUUCUGGUAGACCUCUGGGCAAAAGAGAAGGUGGAAAUAAAAUCGAACCAGAGACAGAUCUGACUCGCUGGCGACUGAGCACUGUGGAAGGGCGACAGAAAUGGUAUUAUGUGCCCAAAAAUGAGGAAUGUGCCCGGGAACAGAGUGCACUUGAGGCGUAUACUUUAGGGGUGAACACUAGUAAAUUUUUUCCAGAAUCACCGAAAGCCAGCACAGCCCAGGAAGCAGUGCUGAAAGCAAUUAAGUUUUUUUUGGGUCUACAAGCUGAAGAUGGCCAUUGGCCUGCGGAGUGCUCUGGGGUGCUCAUCCUUGCUCCAGGUCUUUUGAUCGCAUGCUAUGCUGCCAAGAUCCCCCUGCCAGAAGAGGUAAAGAAGGAAAUUCUGCGAUAUAUACGUUCAAGACAGCUUCCAGAUGGCGGCUGGGGUCUCCAUCUCAAGGAGCAACAACCAACCAUCUAUGGCACAGCUCUCAACUAUAUAGCUAUGCGAAUCCUUGGAUAUGGACCUGACCAUCCAGAUAUAGUGCGGGCUCGAAUCUGUCUCCAUAAAAAAGGUGGUGCUCUUGGAGCCCCACAUUUGGGGAAAGUCUGGCUGGCUGUUAUGAAUGUGUUCAGCUGGGAGGGAAUGAAUGCAGCAUUUCCUGAGUUGUGGCUGUUACCUACCUGGAUGCCAGGCCAUCCGUCCACUUAUUGGUGCCAUGCCCGCCAUACUAUGCUUGCAACAACCUACUGCCAAGUCAACCGCCUGAGUGCAGAAGAGGAUGAACUGAUCCGGAGUCUCAGGCAGGAACUUUACGUGGAGGACUACUCAAGCAUUGACUGGCCAGCCCAGAGGAAAUAUAUUUCUGAAGCUGAUUUACAGGCGCCGCAUACAUGGACCCUGGAUGCUCUUUUUGCCCUGUUCAAUUUGUACGAGAGAUACCACCUCACCAGUCUCAGAAAGAAAGCCAUAGCUGAGCUCUAUGAACAAAUCAAGGCUGAUGAUAUAUUCUCAAACUAUACCAAUUCUAGCCCGGUUUGUAAAUCAUUUCAUUUGUUGAUCUCAUGGCACGUGGAAGGUGCCAAUUCUGCAGCCUUUCAAGAACAUGUCUCCAGAAUCUACGAUUACCUUUGGCUUGGAGAAGAGGGUAUGAUGAUGAAGGUCAUGGGAUCUCAAACCUGGGAUGCUGCAUUCACAGUUCAAGGUUUUCUAGAGGCUGGUGUCCAAAAUGACCCUGAGUACAAUGCCUGUCUGAAAAAAGCCCACACAUUCUUUAAAUGCUCUCAGAUUGUAGAUAAUCCACCCAACUACCAGAGAUACUAUCGUCAAAUGAACAAGGGAGGUUUCCCGUUCAGCAAUCGGGACAAUGACUGGAUGGUCUGUGAUUGUACUGCUGAAGCUGCGAGGGUACUGAUGUUACUUGAAGAACAAUGUCCCUUCAUAGAGGAACAUGUGGCUCUGCAGCGUCUCUUUGAUGCUGUCAAUGUGCUACUGAACAUGAGAAAUUCUGAUGGUGGCUAUUCCACUUAUGAAACCAGACGUGGAAGCCAGCUACUAGAGGCCAUAAACUGUGCAGAGAUCUAUGCUGACUGUAUGGUAGAUCACACCUACACUGAAUGUACAUCAUCAGUAAUGCAGGGGCUGAAAUAUUUCCAGAAGAGAUUCCCAGAUCACCGGCAAGAAGAAAUCAGCGAUACCCUCCAUAAGGCCUUACAGUACUGUCGUAAUAUGCAGAAAGCAGAUGGCUCCUGGAUAGGGAGAUGGGGUGUAUGUUUCACAUAUGGCACCUGGUUUGCACUGGAAGCAUUUGCAUGCAUGGGAUACACUUACCAUAAUGGAGUGGCAUGCAAGGAAGUGACCAAGGCCUGUGCAUUCUUAGUCUCCAAGCAAAUGAAAGAUGGUGGCUGGGGAGAAGAAUUUGAAUCCUACAGGCUUUGCAAAUACAUUCAACAUACCAUUUCCCAGAUCCACCAAACUGCUUGGGCUCUGUUGGGGCUGAUGGCUGUCAGGUAUCCCGACGUACACGUUCUAGAAAGGGGAAUCCAAGUUUUGAUUGACAAGCAAGGAGCCAUUGGGGACUGGCCUCAGGGUGACAUUGCUACCGGAUUUUACAAAGCCGGCACCCUCCAUUAUUCAGCCUACCGGAUCAUCUUCCCUAUUUUGGCAUUGGCUCGCUUUACCCGUCUUUAUCCCGAUAGUCCUGUUGCUAAUCAAAAUCUGAAGAAUGGACCAGGACUUUCCAAGGAGGGCCAGAAUAUGAGGUGCUGA